AUGACCGACUCUCGUCGCGCAAGCUCGGGAAGUCUGGACAUCUGUCGUGCCAUUGGCGGCUGUGGGCCUUCCUUGAAACGGAGGAUCCUCGGAGGAACACGGUUCCUGUCUCCUAGGGAGGGCAGGCAUCCCAUGUUGUCUUCUCGUUUCUGCAUGCGAUACGGGCUACACUGUGUCUUCCUAGACGACGAUCAGUUCGGAGAGGACUACAGAGCGCUGCUGAGGGAGAAAGGAUGUGCAUCAGACCAGGAAUACGACGAAGUGCUGAAAGAAGUCCACGGUGAAGUGGAGAGAAGGCGGAAGAGCUCUGAAACGAGCAAACUGCGAGUACAGACCAUACAGUUACACUACCAGAGACUCCAUCCACAGAUAUACACCCUCUCUGUGGGAACAGUUCUUAGAUGGUCAGUUUUUCUUGAGAUUGUCAAGUAUUGCAGGAGUGAUACUGCCACACCUGCUGGUCUCCUUGACAUAAUCACUGAGGAGGAAGUGCCAAAUGUGUACUCGUUCCCAGUACUGACUGAAGAGUUCGGUGAUCUUCUGUUACAAGAAUUGGAGCAUUUUGACAAGUCGAAGAUGCCCAAAGGAAGACCAAACUCCAUGAACAACUAUGGGAUCCUGCUGUCAGAACUGGGGUUUGACAGAGGUUUCCUGGACCACCUGAGGGAGGACUACCUUACACCGCUGGCCUCCCUCCUCUACCCAGAGUGGGUGGGCCAUCUGGACUGGACUCACACAGGGCCUUCAGUGUCUCCUACCAACUGGAGGGAGACACCCAGCUUUCCUACCACUUUGACAACGCAGAGGUGACACUCAACGUGUGUCUGGGACCAGUUUCACUGGAGGAGAACUUAGUUUUGGGACCCAUGGCAGGGCAGAGCCCGGGUCUCUAUGGAAACAGAGAUACACUCACCAGACGAGGCGGGUGGCGGCUGCACAGAGGUAGACAGAGCACCAGGCUCACCCAUCACCAGUGGGAAAAGGUUAACUCUGAUAAUAUGGAGUGAGCGUCAUGCGAGUGUCAGUGAACAGACAGUGUCCGCUAUGUGUGUGUAGAGCCGCCUGGUUCCAUUGACGGCUACGGAGAUGGAUUUACACUCACGACUAGUGAUCGUGACACUGCACACCUGUGUAGAACCCUGAAUCAAUCCUGUGACAUACUCUAUGUCAUCAUUUACCACCCCUCAUCAUACAGAUCAUGACCUACAUGUAUAAUGUUAAACGAGGUGCAGAUUGAUAUCGCAAAAUGACAGUAACCACACAGUGUUCACAUGUGUUUAGGCAUCAGUGCCGUAGGGUUAUCACACAGAACACAGGAAGAGAGGAGUGUGUGAGAUGUAGUGUGCAGGUGAGGUAGGGACAAUACACCUGUGUAUGCUAUUACAGUUUACUUCAUCAAUCAUCAUCACACAGUCAGCGCGGUAUAUUAUAUACUCACUA